UCCCGUCUGACCCUCCUCCUCCUCAUCUCUCUCUGUCUCCCCCGGCUCUCAUCUCUCCUCAUCUCUUUCUCUCUCUCACCUCCUCCCCAUCCACCCCAUCCUCACCUCCCCAGCUCUCCCUCCGUGCUAACAAUUCAUCCCUGUACCCUUACGUUAGCGCCAACCCUAUUCCUCAACGCUUAUAUUAACCAUCGUCCUCACCCUGAACCUAACCCCUAAGCCAACUCUUAACGGUUAACCCUGAAGCUAACCCCCUACAAUUAUUAACAUUAUUCCUAAACGUCCCUUUACCGUCACCCCUAACCCUGAACUCAAACAUCACCUUGACCCCCUCUGACCCCGACUCCGACCCACGCCGCAAGAGAGCAGCUGGGAGCCGCUGUGUGUGUGCGUGUUGUGUGGACUGUAUAUGGGGACAGUACUAUAGACUGUAUAGACUGUAUCGAGCGGAGACCUGCAUCGGCCACAUGGAGGUGGAGGAGACGACACCCGGCUUCGCGUGACACAGAACGCAUCGGACGGUCGAUUUAAAGUCGUGGAGCCUGGCCACAAGCGAGUAACGUGACGCCGCACAGUGUCCGCUUGCUGUCGGAAGGGGAAGAGGGAAGAGAGAGAAGACAACUCAGAGGCGAGGAACCCACAGACGAGCAGGGAAGGCAGCAAAGCAACACGAGUCCAUCCUAUUCGGUUUACCCGACACGGAUUGUUAACGCCGUGGUGGUGGCGGUGCUGCUUGCGGUGCCAUUGGCGGCGUUUGGUCGCGGUGAAGACGGCGACGGUGGCGGCGACGACGGUGACGACGACGACGGUGGCGUCUGUGGGCGGGCCAUGGCGUGCUGGUGGGGGCGGCUGUGCGCGCCGCGCGUGUACCCCGUCGUCCCCGACGGCGGCUGGGGCUGGGUGGUGGUGGGCGCCCUCUUCUCCAUCAGCGCCGUCACCAUCGGCUCGUUCAAGGCGUACGGCGUGUUCGUGCCGGAGCUCAUGGCGCACUUCGACACGCACGCGCGCGGUGUCUCCUGGAUCUUCUCCAUCUGCAUGUUCGUUGUCGCCUUCUGCGCCCCCUUCACCACGGUGCUGGGCAACCGCUUCUCGCCGCGCGCGGUGGUGAUGGUCGGCGGCGUCAUCACCAGCGUGGGCACCAUGAGCACGGCGCUGUCGCACACCCUGACGCACGCCUACCUCACCCUGGGGCUCGUCACCGGCCUGGGCAUCUCCCUGAGCACGCUGCCCUGCUACUCGGCACUCUUCUGCUACUUCGAGCGGCGCCGAACCCUCGCCAUCGCGCUCGCCACAACCGGCGAGUGCCUGGGCACCUUCGCGUUCGCGCCUGGCUUCCAGCGUCUCAACGAGGCCGUGGGCUGGCGCCAUUCCUUCCUGGUCAUCGGCGCUGGACAGGCGAUCAUCGUGGCUUGUGGAGUGUUGCUCCGGCCGCUGGAGCUGCGAGCGCCGUCACCUGCUGACCGGCCGGGCCGGCACCAGCCCUGCACCGACGACAGUGCUGCUGUCACUGCCGCAGCGACAAUCGUCAUCAUGCGGGAGAACGAGCAGACGCGGACGACGGUUCACUCUGACGACUCGGGCGUCUGCGUGCAGCUGCCGCCACCAGCGACGGCGGCAUCGCUGUUCUUUCCGCUCGUUACCGACGACUUCUGUGCCGGCGGAGACGAGGAGGAAGAGGAAUUCGAUGAGGGCGGUUGCUCCAAAGCGGCGUCGAUUUGGAGCGAUGACGAAGCUGGCGCCAACGACAAUGACGACGGAAGGGAAGAGCUGGCACCCGCGGCAAUGACCUUACUCGACCUCUCGGUACUGCGAGAGCCCGGCUUCGCCUGCUACGCGCUCUUCGGCGCCUUCAUCUCUUUCGGAUUCUUCGCGCCGGGGCUCUUCCUGGUGCCGCUGGCGAUGGACGCCGGCGUGCCCGCUUCCGAGGCCACUUACCUACUGUCGGCGAUGGCCGGCGCCGAGCUGGUGGGCCGCUCGGCCGCCGGGUGGCUCUUCUCGCGUCCGCUGGUGCUGCCGCGCGUCUACCUCGAGCUGGUCUGCGUGUGCGCUGUCGCCGUGGCGCUUUUCGCCUUCCCCGUGGCGGCUGCCGGCAGCGGCGGUGGCGGCUGGGGACGGCCAAUGGCGGCGCUGGCGUCGUGCAGUGCCGCCUUCGGCCUGGCGUUUGGCGCCGUCGCCGGCACGCACGUGUCUGUGCUGGCCGAGCCCGAGGUGGUGGGGCCGGGACGCUUCUCCUCGGGCCUCGGGGUCUACGUGUUCGUGCAGAGCUUCUCCGGGCUGUUGGGGCCGCCCCUCGCCGGCUGGCUGGUCGACCUGGCGGACGAAGACUACCUCAUGGCGUUCUACACCUCCGGCGUCGCCGUGGCCCUUGCCGCCGUUUGCAUCGCGCUCGUGCGGCCAUGCGCUCUCGAGUUUGGCGGCGGACUCAAUUACCAUCAGCAGCAGCGGCAACGGCACCGGCGUCGCUGCAGCGGCAGCUGCUACCCACGUAACCACAAGCAGCAAGACAACGGCAGCAGCAGCAGCCGCCAAUGCCGCACGGGCUUUAACGCCAACCCCGGCGUCCUGGCAUUUGCGAUGCCAUUCGCCGACGCCACCGAGCUGCUGGAAUACCGGAGCGGAGCGGUCGUAGUUUGUGCCGACAGCGCGGAGUUCCUCGAGACGGACCUACAAGACGACGCUCACAAGUGAAACCGCCCCCCCCUGCUCCGCGUGCGGCUGGUGGCACCCGAGGACCACAAAAACAAACGGUUUUUUUGGUGGUCUUGUAGCUAUACAAGUCUGAAGAUCGCAUAAUUAAAAAAAAACAAGAGGCUUCGCCUUUUGGGACGCAUCUUCUUCCUUUAACUGACACACGGGGCCAACGUCUCCAUGAAUCAGAGGGUUCGUCACCCCUGGGUGCCGCCAGUUAAGCCGCGCCAAGUUACCGUCGGCCGCUCACUGCCCUCCCAAUACCUCGUCUCUUAACAACCCGCAAAGUCGUGAUAACAAAACCGGCUCCAGUGGCGCUGGGGAGGAAUGUAAGAUGGCUUCAGUCAUGGUUGGAGGAAGUGGUGCUUGUUCAGCUGGAUUGACAGCUAUUUUUUUUAUUUCAGGAAUGAUUUAAGGUUUGUUUACAAUUUAUAAACGUUAUGGAAUCUGACCCAAAUGUUUACAGCUCCAUUGAUUUUACCGAACAUAAGUGAAUCACCUCGCCGACCCUGCCACCCACCCCCCCCUGUCCCCCCCACCAACGCACACCCCCAAAAUUUGUCGCUGGACUCUUUCAAAUACCAAACGACAAACUGAACGCACGCGGGUGAUUUGGUCGUAUCAGCGGUCAGUCGGCAGCUCGUUUUCAGUGGCCUGGAUCCACGUACAAAAUCAACAGGAUUGUCCGGGUCAUGAAGCAAGCACAGCCAUAGCAGCGUCUGCACAAUAAGGGGUGGGGGGGGGGGGGCUCGAGUCACACUUUUAAAGAACAAUAACUUUGGUCGAAAAAUGAAAUGUGCAUCUCCUGAAUUUUCUUUGGCCAAUUUUGUCGUUGUUCCAAGCCGUGCCUUUGUCCUCCUUCGAAAAGAAUCUUAAAGUUGAAUUUCGCCGUUUCUGGGAGCCAUUCAAGGCCGCUCAUUGGUGAACGGCGACUUGCACCUCCCAAGAAGUGCACUUACACAGUCCAUCGUUUGAUUUUUUUUUAAAUACGCGCCUUGCUGGUCCGCACUUAAAAGCCGCGAGUUUUUUUGUCGUGACGUCCGAACGCACUUCCACGAGGGUCAGGAUCCUCGCGAGGCUCGAGUUUUAAUUUCCGUAACGACGACGGCUUCAGACACUUGAAUUUUCAAUCGAGUAAUGUAUUGAGAAGUCGCAGAGGAACAUUUGUUCGUCUUGUCAUGAAUCCGCGUUCCGUCUCUCAGCGCGGUAGUUGAAAUGAGUUUCGUUGCAUCUUCUUAUUUCUAACGAGGAUCGACUUUGCGUGCAACUCGCGUGUCAGUCAUCGGCGUGCAUCGCACACUUAUUUAAUGUUCAAACGUGAAACCGCACACUGGAGGCAUUUGCGUUGAAAUAAAGGACGAUGAAACGCAAA